AUGUCAUCUCUCAAUAUUGCUACAACUGAAAAAAACAAACCAUUACUUACGUUGAAUGGAUUCAAUUAUACAAUCGAUCGUAAUACGGAUAAAAAACUUAUUGGAAAUGUGAAUUGCCGAACAAUUAAAUUCAAAGGAAGAAUUCAUACAGAUCACAAUCAUACUACUAUUUUACUUGAAAAUAAUGAUCAUAAUCAUCCUGCAAGUGCAGUGAAUAAUGAAGUCCGAUUAUUCCAAGACAAAUUACGUUCUCGAGCGGUGACUACCACUGAAAGUACACAACAUAUUAUGGACAAUUGCUUAAAUAAUGUAUCUGACCAGAUGGUAGCUCGUCUUCCGAAUUUGAAAUACAUUAAAAGAAAUAUUCAACGACAACGUCAAAAAAAAGAUUUACCGCAAAUUCCACGAUAA